UCUCUGUUUCAAUAUUUUUCUUUUUGUUAUAAUCGGAAAAGGCUGGAGCUCAGCUCUCUAUAUCCUCUUCGGGAAGGGGCUUUUUAUCAGCGCUGCUCUUGUCCUUCUCACUCGGCUUGUUCAGCUUUUGUUCCUUCUUUCAACCUACUCUACUUUUUUCACUCUCCGGCUCUGUCUCUCAUCUUUUGACUGUGAAUGCUCCCAGAACACUCGCUCUCUUGCUGAUCUUUCUGGGGGUAAUGCGAGUGCAGUUUCUUUCCGGCGAGAUUUGGCCUUAGAAUGGCAUACAUGUGUACGGACAGCGGCAACCUCAUGGCAAUUGCUCAGCAAGUCAUCAACCAGAAACAACAACGAGAGGAACAACAACAGCACCAUGCUCACCACCACCAGCAACAACAACAGCUCGUGGGCGUCAAUCCCCUCUCCCUGAAUCCAUGGACAAAUACUCACCACACCUUGUCCGGGUCUCCGAGUUCGGGUUUUGGCCUCACUGGUACCGGGUUCCCCGACCAGUUUCCCGUCAGCGGUGGACCAGAUUCUGUCGAGCCAGGGUUUCAGUUUCACAACUUGGAGCAUCAAUCGACCGGGUUUAGGUUUGCUGAUUUUGGAGGUGGUUCGGGUGGUGAGUUCGACUCCGACGAAUGGAUGGACAGCUUAAUGGGCGGUGGGGAUUCAACGGAUAGUUCCAAUCUUCCCUCCGGAUACGAAGCAUGGCAGAACAAUGCCGAUUAUGGAAUCUACGGUUCCGAUCCUUUUGCCACCCGCCCCAGUCGACUCAGCGUCGCUUGUGGUCCUCCGUCCGACCUAAACCGAUUCGUCUUCCCAGAUACUCAGAAGAGUCCUACUCCAAACCCUUCUUCUCAACCCCAGGUCCCCUCGUGGACGCCACCUCCAUCACCACCCCCGACGUCAUCUCCACCAGCGGUAAUUAAGGACGCCAAGCCGCCGAACACUUCACUGCAGAGCCCACACAGGAACGACGUCGUUGGUGUCUCAUCUAGCCACUCACCGGAAGUCGAGUCUGCACGGCCUCUUCUCAAAAAGCUCCUCGACUGUGCUAGACUAGCCGAUUCGGAACCUGGUCGUGCCGUGAAAUCACUUAUUGGGCUCGGCAAAUUAGUGUCCGAGCGUGGAGAUCCAACCGAGAGGGUAGCCUAUCACUUCUAUCGGGCGCUAUGUGGCAGGCUGUCUGUUCAAACUGAGAAAAGCUCGACCGUCACUGAAGAAGAGAGCAUGUCCGAGGAUUUCACACUGGCUUACAAAUCUCUUAACGAUGCGUGCCCAUACUCGAAGUUUGCACAUUUAACAGCAAACCAAGCAAUCCUUGAAGCUACAGACGGGGCAACCAAGAUUCACAUAGUAGAUUUCGGCAUCGUUCAAGGGGUUCAAUGGGCAGCGCUUCUACAAGCUCUGGCGACCCGUUCCACUGGAAAGCCCACUACGAUUCGCAUCUCGGGCAUACCCGCCCCGGCUAUAGGUAAAUCUCCGGCUGCUUCCCUAUUGGCAACGGGAAACCGGCUACGCGAAUUUGCUGAUAUUCUCAAGAUGAAUUUCGUGUUCGAGCCUGUCCUGACCCCGAUUGAGGAGCUCGACGAGUCAAGCUUCCGAGUCGAGCCGGAUGAGUUCUUGGCAGUAAACUUCAUGCUUCAGCUAUACAAUUUGUUAGACGAAACUCCCGUCGCCGUCGAAACUGCUCUCCGGCUGGCUAAGUCGCUGAGUCCAAAAAUUGUUACUUUGGGGGAAUACGAAGUCAGUUUAAACGGUAUCGGGUUCUCUCAGCGAUUCAAGAACGCGUCGAGGUUCUACUCGGCCUUGUUCGAAUCGCUGGAGCCCAACUUGACCCGAGACUCCCCCGAGAGGCUCCAAGUGGAGAGACAGUUACUUGGCCGUCGAAUCGCGGGUGUAAUUGGAGCUGAGGAGCCUGGAAGCAGCAAGAGAGAACGAAUGGAGGACAAAGAGCACUGGAGGAUUUUGAUGGAAAGUUGUGGUUUUGAGCCUGUAGCCCUCAGCCAUUACGCAGUGAGUCAGGCUAAGAUGCUCUUAUGGAACUACAAUUACAGUUCCUCGUAUUCUCUAAUCGAAUCUACGCCUGGGUUUUUCUCUCUGGCAUGGAACCAAGUCCCACUUCUGACUGUUUCUUCAUGGCGUUGAUGGGUAGUUAUGCGAUAUGUCUAAUGGAGAGGGGUUUUUGCACUCAACCAGGCCGGACCCAAGGCUCACGAUAUCUAGUUGGGGAAGGUCUAGACGAAGCUAGUGGCCCGAGAAAGGGAAAAGGAGCUGACGACUCCUUCAGUCAUUGAGCAUUAAUGGGAGAUAGAUAGGCCAGGAUUCUAUCCCUAAUAAGAUUGGCCGCUGAAUGCAAUUGCAAGUGGCCAGUCUCGAGGUCGGAUCCCUGCAGCCGACAGGAACGAUCACAUUAAAUGUAAUGUCAUGACAUCCAAAGCAAAGGCGACCAUUGCAGCCACCAAGAACCCUCCAAAGGAAACAGCUAUUAAAGGAAGAGGGCCAACGAAGGGUGCGAGGGUUACACACACUUGUUAUCCAUCUCCAAACUUCCAUCUUUUCCCAAGUUCAGUCUUUACAUUCUCAUCCAUUAUGUUAUUCUCUCUACAAACCUGAUUUAGACAUUAGAGACGACAUGAUCACCUCACGCCAUCUUCUAUUAUAUUC